CUCUCUCUCUCUCUCUCUCACUGUCCCGUUAUUGCGGCUUCCCGUUCACAUCGCUUUGUUUGGUGCCGGAUUGGGGAUGAACGAGCGGAUGCCUUGAGCGAGCGUCCUCUCUGUUCGGAUAUUCGCUGAGGUUCUCGUGAGGACCCUCGCGGUUGGUGCCCUUCAGAUGUAUGAACGGUGACGGGAUUUAACAGGAACCCGGAUUCGUUUGAGGGAUUUGAGAUUUUGGGUGGUUUUGUUGAUGGAGAGCAGACUGAUUGAUAAAUGCGGGGACUAUUGAGACGUGGUGGAGUUUGGGGGCGGGAGGGUGUUCUGAUUAGUGAUGCGAAGGAAUCGAGGGUUGCUCUACUUAAUUUCAAAUAAGUUGUGAUUGGUGUGAUUUUUGUGAUUUUCGAGGGAUUUUCGUGGAUUUGGGGUUGGUGGGGUCAGGAUGAUCCGGAGGGGAAGAGGAAGGUGAGGGGGAGGGAGAAGGAGAAGGAGGAGAGAGGGAGAGAGAGAGAGUGUGUGUGUGCGUGUGCGGGAGGGAGUGGGAUUGAGAGCCCAUGGAGAGCAAGGAGGAUCAGUUAUUGGGUUCGGUGAUCGCCAAUCACCUGUUUCUGUCGCAAUUUGAGCUCUUUCGAGCAUGCUUGUUGACAUUGAGCGUGCGAAGUCCUGGAUUGGCGCGUGAUAUCUACCAAACGGUGAUUAAGAAGAUAUGGACUUUGAAGGGGGUGGUGUGGUCGGAGAGCGUACCCUCCUCUGCGCACAUGGCUUGGCUUUGCCUCCAGGAGCUGCACGCUAUGGAGGAAAAGCUUAUGGAUGACACCAAUCGCGGAACAACAAAAACUGAGGCACAGACAGAGGAUGAUCCCUUCGAGGCAGCAUCAGCGUCGUCGUCCCCGAUGUCUAGCUUACCUGAAUUUCGAGGCAACCAUUGGCAAUUUUACUGCCGUCCUGUUUAUGACUGCAUCGAAUUUUUGCUUCUCCUUGAAUUUAUUAAGCAGCACGUGGUCGAGAAUGGCACGACAAUUGCGAAGGAGUUAUCGGGAAGUACAGGUUUAGAGAAAAAUGGUAAUGUGUCAACGUCGGAGACAGCACCUGCAAUCAAUAAGACCACUGAUGAUGGGAGUCCUCCGGAUGAAAGAGCUGGACUUCGGCUUGUUCGAAAAGUCGCUGCAGCAGGACUAGAGCGGCUCGAUCGGUCAAUUAGAUUUAUUACAGGACAUGGAUCAGAAGGUGGAAACAGGGAUGACAGAUUGAGUGAAGCUCAGGGUGGAGAUGGGGAUGCUGAUAGAGCUGAAUCUUCUGGCUCUGCUGGCUCUUACGAAGAAGUUAAGGAGUCGUUUACAGAAGUGGACAGGAAAUGGCUACGGCAUCUGACUCUCCGUCAACCAGAUCUUCUCGAUGCACUAUGUCAGAAUAUAGCUCGACAACAGCAGGGUGGCUCCAGGGUUCAGGUGGACCUUCAAAGGGAGUCGGAUGCAGAUUUAAGUACAGAAUCGUCCAGGAACAGGGUCGAUGAAGGGCCUGAAGAGGAUUCUGCAAGAACAGACUUCACCUUACUAAGCACGCUUGAACAUUUUGAGUUGGGGUCAGACAUUCAAAGGGAAGUACAACAAGCACAUCUUAAUCAAAUAAUGGAAGAUGCUGAAGGGGGCCAAUUGCUCAAGGCCAUAAGUCACUUGCGAUUUCUGCACGAAGAUUUUGGAAUUGCAAAAACUGAUUGCAGUGGAGCAAUUCACUCGAUUCUGAAAGAAGCAAAAUUCUUGGCGCGGGAGCAACAUGAUUCUAUUCUUCAAGCCAUUUAUGAGUGCAGUCUCUCUUCUGGGAGCAUACUUCUCCCAAAACUUAUAGAGUCUGUUCAAGAUGACAUGCUUCGAGAAGAACUGGAGCAAUUUAAGGCAUCACCCCAGUUGUUGUACCCUCCACCGUUGGAACGACUACACCAACGUCUGGAGCAACUGCGACAGGGUAGUUCUUCUGGGUCAGGAAGUUUUGCAAUGACUGAAACCUCAGCUGUUCGGACAUGUUUAAGAGAACUCUAUCAAUAUGCGCGUGUUGAUGGUGCACAUGUGCUGGAACUAGUGGUGAAGGCAGCACUUGCUUCCGUUAAAGACCGCCAAUUGCAGAAAGUUGCAGAUAUAGUGACCCCAUUUCCACGACUUCAACCAUUGGUUGCCGUCAUGGGUUGGGACCUCCUGCCUGGUCAUACCAAAUCUCGUCGCAAGCUGAUGGAGCUACUUUGGAAUAGUAAGAUAAAACUUACGGGACAUUCUCAUGGAAGAGCUGCAGAUGAGGUCUCAUGUGUGGACCAGCUCUGCGAUCAGCUAUGUUAUCGUUUGGAGUUGGCAUACUUUGCUGCUCGUUCAAUCAAAGGCGUAGAUGGUCAGUCGGCUAGCACAAGAAUCUUCAACAAGGGUGGUCGCCCUAAAGUGGAGGAUAUCGAAGGUCCUGCUGAUCCUUUUGUGGCCAAUCUAGUUCUUGAACGGUUAACUCUUCAUUCUCCUAUUCGGGUUCUUUUUGACGUCGUUCCUGACAUUAAGCUCACCGAAGCUCUAGACCUGGUUAAACUGCAGCCAACUGGCUCAUCCGUUGAAGCCUACCGACAAAGACACCUUGAUUUGGAGCUCUUACACAUGCACUACGGUUUACAAGCUAUAGUACUUGCUUUGAAUUCCGUGGAGGUUUCUACGGAUAACGACCAAUCGGAGGAGGCAAAGGCAUAUGGAGCAGUCAUUUAUUUACAGCAUCUCCGAGAACAUUUGGAUGCUAUUACAACGCCUGUCCGUCGGGUGUUUAUGAUGGGCAUCAUAGUUUCGCUCCUGCAUAUGGAUGGUAUUACAAUCCAAGCUCCUACUAUGAACGACCCGUUUAUUUUGGAGCCAAGAGAUACUAACUCAGGAGAAGGAGAGAAGUUAUCCGCGAUUGCUUUCAUUCAAAACAUUUUGACAAUACUUCAGCAGUGCAUGCCGGCUGCCGGUUUAGAGUUGGAUACAAGGGGUCCUUCUACUAGUAGAAUUGGCUUGUCUAGGAAGGUCAACAUUCAAAGCUUUAGUUUUCCUAGCAGAGCAGCCAAAAAAGCCUGGUUGAAGCAAUUAGAAGCCUUGCAUCUAUUCGUUGAUGAUUGGAAUUGGAGAAUUGGAGUAUUGCAGCGCCUUACUUCAUCUUCUCAGCGACCUUGGCAAUGGCGAGAAGCCUUGGCAGUUUUGCGAGCAGCCCCUUCUACAAUACUGAACAUGUGUGUUCAGAGGAAUCAUUAUGACCUGGGUCAAGAGGCGGUGCGUCGCUUUAAGUUAUCUCCUGAAGAAGCAGCUUCCUUGCAGCUUGCUCAAUGGGUUGAUAGUGCUGUAUCGAGAGUGUCGGUGGAUGAUGCUAUUUCUCGAGUCGCAGAGGAGUUGUCAACUGCUGAUGACAACCUUGAUUUCACUGCUCUCCAAGCACCUCUAGCGCCUCUUGCCACUGUUCUACUCUGUGUUGAUGUUGCUGCAACUUCGGUGAGGUCAGUUGACAUGGCGAGACGUCUUCUUGAUCGGGCUCGUGUCCUUCUAUCUCAAAUUCAACAGGCAGGAGCAAGAGGUCAAGGGCCUGAGCAACGACAGGAGGUCUGCAUGGCCAUGGUGGCUAAACGCACAGUUAUCCGGCUGAAUGAACUUCUUGAACAGGACAAAGUCGGGGCUCUGCAACUUGUGUUGUCUGGUGCAGACAUGGUGUCAAUGUCAGGGACUGAUAGUACUCGUCAAGUCUUCCGACAGAGGGCUCUUGCCAUUCUGCAACAAACUAUAGAAGAUGCCUUCAAAGGAAAACGUCAAUUUUUAAGUGGGAAGCUGCAUAAUCUUGUUAAGGCACUGGCAGAUGAGGAGGGUGAAGACUCAUUGAUUGGGCCGUAUGUGGAAGGGAAGUCAUUGCUUGGACCUGAACACAGUCUUGGCUUGGGACUUGGAUUACGAGUUCCGUCAAGGCACGGCUCCAAAACGUCAACCUCGAGUGCAGGGUCAGUCUCAAGGGACUUUACCGAUGAUAACGUUUUUCAAGUAGCUACUAAGGGGGCGAUGAAGCGUUUUCUUGGACCAUUGAGUAGCAAGCCUAUGGCAUAUCUAUCUGCCUUUAUACUAUACAUUGCAACUGUCGGCGACAUUGUAGAUGGUGUGGAUACCACCCAUGACUUCAAUUUUUUCACACUCAUUUAUGAGCGCCCUAAUGAUCUAUUGACAAGACUCGUUUUCGAGAGGGGCAGUGCAGAUGCCGCAGGCAAAGUUGCUGAAAUCAUGGGUGCAGAUCUUGUUCACCAGGUUAUCUCAGCGUGCGUACCUCCAGUGUAUCCUCCUCGUGGAGGUAAGGGCUGGGCUUGUAUACCACAGCUCCCAACACGUGUGGUUCAACCUGGCACUCAAAGGGGAGAUGUCCAUGUUGUGCAAACAAAUGCACAUGAGGAUGAGGAGCCUCAACUGUAUCCACUACAACUGGAUGUUGUGAAGCACCUUGCUACUAUUUCUCCCGUACGAUCAAUUCUUGCUUGUGUGUUUGGUCAAAGUUGUUUCACAACAAGAGCUAAUGAUCCAGCCAUAGCUAAUUCAAGUGCUGCGGUAGAUGCGGACCGUUCCUUCUUCGAUUUUGCCCUGGAACAAUCUGAGAGAUAUCCUACAUUGAAUCGGUGGAUUCAGUUGCAAGCAAAGCUACAAAGUCUGUCGGACGUAUCUACGUCUUCUCACAAGUUCAAACGAGAUGCAGGAAGAGAAGAUGAUAGAAAAGCGUCACUUAAACGUCCUCGUGAACCUGAUUUAGAAAAUUCACAUUUGCCAAUUGAUUCUGACCAGAAGGAUGAUUUGCCUGGAACUUCAGAGCUAGCAUCUGAAUGGAAUGUGGAAUCCUCUGCACUGAAUGAUCGUAGUUCUGCCUCGUCAACUUCUGGGGUGGCCAAGAAUGGACAACGCACGAGCUCAUAUUCUCUUAUGUUCGACUGGGAGAAUGAAGCUCCUUACUCUGAGGCAGUCCAAAGAUUGAUGGAGGAAGGAAAACUGGUGGAAGCACUAUCUGUCUCCGACAGAUGGUUGCGAGAUGGCGCUCCAGACGAGUUGUUACAGUUGUUGAUUGAGAAAGGGGAGGAAACUGGAUCAGAAUCUGGAAAUCAAUGGCAAGGAAAUAAUAGCAGUCACCCCUACAACAGCAGCUGGCAAUACUGUAUUCGUCUUCGGAACAAGACACUGGCUGCGACCCUUGCCUUAAAGUAUUUACAGAGAUGGGAUCUUGAUGCGGCUAUUGAUGUCCUCACCAUGUGCAGCUGUCAUUUGCCAACCGAUGAUCCUCUGUACCUUGAGGUAGUCAAGAAAAGAGAUACUCUUCAGCAGUAUGGUCGGAUUCAACGAGCUGACAACCGAUUUACCCAGUGGCAAGAGGUUGAAGCACUUUGUCAAAGUGAUCCUGAAGGACUGGCACUUCGUCUGGCUGGGAAAGGUGCCGUCUCGGCAGCACUUGAUGUUGCAGAGUCCUUCAAAUUGUCCAAUGAUUUGCGGAGAGAACUACAAGGUCGCCAAUUAGUGAAGUUGCUGACUACCGACCCCAUCAGCGGAGGUGGUCCUGCUGGCGGUUUACGCUUUUUGAAUUCCCUGCAUAAUCCUGAGGAUGCAUUGCCAGUCGCCAUGGCAGCAAUGGAGCUUUUGCCAAAUCUUCAGUCGAAGCAAUUGUUGGUACAUUUCUUUUUGAAGCGGCGAGUGGGAAGCCUAUCAGAGGAAGAACAUGCAAGACUGGAUCGUUUAGCCUUAGGCUUGCGAAUGCUUGGAGCUUUGCCACUACCAUGGCAACAACGUUGCUCUGCCUUACAUGAGCAUCCACGACUCAUCCUUGAGACUCUGCUUAUGGGGAAACAACUACGAGCUGCCUCUCAACUUCUUCAAGCAUUUCCAUCCCUCAAAGACGAUGAGCUGGUCAAAAUCUACGCUACAAAAGCUUUGACUGUUAGCAGUACUCCUCUUGAACGUCGAAGCUCAAUGUCCACCAUAACUGCUGCUAAACCACUCACUCGUUCUUCGACUCCCACUUCUGGGUCCAACUUCAAUCGUGGACUCAACACGCUGCAGAGACGAGCAUUUUCUUGGACACAGAGAGACACUGGAAAUAGGAUCUCCAAUCAAGAUAACAGUAGUCGCAAGAGGAAAAUAGCCGGAAUGCUUCCACCUUCUCAUAAGGCUGCAUGGGAAGCCUUGGCUGGUGUUCCUGAGGAUCGUACACCUACUGGGCUUACUGCCCUUGAGGGUUAUGAACGCCCAGCUCCUAUGACCAUUACCGAGGAAUGGGUUCUGACAGGGGACCAAAUAAAGGAUGAUGCUGUUCGUAACUCGCAUCGAUACGAAAGUGCACCUAGCUGCAUUCUUUUCAAGGCGCUCCUUGAGUUGUGCUCUUCAGAGGCGGUGGCAGCCAAAGCAGCUGUUGAUAUUUGUAUUGUCCAAAUAAAACGACAUCUCUCUUCUGAGCAGCUACCUCGUGCUACUUUCAACGAAUCUGCAGAGCGAGGUUUUCACGCUGCAGAUGCAUUUGUCCAGGCUCUGCAAUAUGCGAUAGGCCAACUAAGGAAACUGACUGGAAAGUCGGAUAAGCCACCAAACAGCCCCAGAACUGGAGACGGUGACUGCAGUGAGCCUUCGGAAUUAGGAGACACAGCAACAACAUCUACAGCAACCUCUGGAAAUAACACGGAUAGUUCAAAGGAAGCUCCUAAAAAAGACCCCAGUGAAGCAAUUAACCUUUCUGACGUUCUUGAGCAGGCAGAAAUUUGGCUUAAUCGGGUGGAGCUUUUGCAGACUCUGUUUGGUAAUUAUGUUCCAGCUUCUUUGGAUGACUUGAUCGACGACAUUGCUGCCGAACAGCUGCGGGGUCGGCUUAUUGCGGAUGAACGCUACAACUUGGCUAUCUUUAUGUGCACUAAAUGCAAGAUUAAUCCGUGCCUAGUUUGGGAAGCAUGGGGUUACGCGCUCCUUCGUAUUGAGCACUACGCUCAAGCAAGGGUAAAGUUCAAGCGUUGCUUGCAGUUACAUACUGGAGACCCAGCUAUAGUGGUGCGAAGAAUCAUUAUGGCUAUGGAAGCUGGACCGCCAGCAGAUUUGUAUGGUGCCCGCUCACUGUACGCACACAUGGCUAGAAGUGUAUCAACUUCUUCAGAUGACUCACUCUCAGCUGAUUCUUAUCUGAAUGUGUUAUAUGUUCCCUCAUUCAACAAACCUGAUAGGUCUCGUCGAUCAUCAGAAGAUUCUGCAGACAGCCAUCAAACCACCAAUCCACAGAUCAAUGGAGAUGACUCACCCCCACGCAGCCAUCUUGAUGAAACUCGCUAUGAAGAGUGUGUUCAUUACCUGCAGGAGCAUUGUCGCCAGGAUCUUUUGUCAUUUAUGUUUCAACACUGCCGUUAUACUGAAGCCUGCAACCUUUUCUUUCCUUUUGAUAGCGUCCCACCGCCUCCACUUCCAACUUCCUUCCAAUCUCAGACUCCUUCAUCUUCUCCUAAUAGGCCUGACCCUCUGGCCACUGACUACGGCUCAUUGGAUGAUCUUUGUGAGCACUGUGUUGCUUAUGGAGUUGUUCUAACAUUGGAAAGGGUUAUUGCUGCCCGAAUCAUUGAAUCUAAUAACCAAGAUUCACCAGUAGCUCAACAUACGGCUCAAGCUCUUACGAAGAUCUGUAAUUUCUUUGAAAAUCAUCGACACUUCAAUCAUCUGUACCGGUUUCAGGUUCUGAAAAAAGACUACGUGGCUGCUGGGUUGUGCUGUAUCCAGCUCUUUUUGAACUCACCCAAUCAAGAACAAGCCUUGCGUCAUUUAGAACACGCAAAGGUACAUUUUGAUGAAGGUCUAUUGGCACGACAGCAAUUGGGAGAGACAGCAAAAGGUGCCACAAAAGCACCUCGAGGAAAACUUCCUUCGCAGAAACUCACUGAAGAGGAGCUAAUCAAGUUCACAGCUCGAGUUGCCAUACAAAUUGAGGUAGUCCGCACAUUUGGUGACUCUGAGGGGCCACCGUGGAAGCACUCACUGUUUGGGAACCCAAACGAUGCAGAUACUGUCAAGCGGAGAUGUGAAGUUGCUGAGAAGCUUGUGGAAAAGAAUUUUGAUUUGGCGUUCCAAAUCAUAUAUGAAUUUAACCUUACUGCUGUGCACAUCUAUGCGGGUGUAGCUGCCUCCUUGGCAGAAAGGAAGAAGAGCAAUCAGCUGGCAGAGCUGCUGCGGAACAUUAAAGGCACCAUUGAGGAUGACGAUUGGGACCAGGUGUUGGGUGCUGCAAUUAAUGUCUAUGCCAACCGUCAUAGAGAACGACCAACUGGUUUGAUUGAUAAGCUUUCAAGUAAUCACAGAAAAGUGUUGGCUUGCGUUAUCUGUGGGCGCUUGAAGAGUGCAUUUCAAAUAGCAUCACGCAGUGAAAACAUAUCAGACGUGCAAUAUGUCGCUCAUGUGGUAACAUGCACGGCAGACGGGUUCUCUGGCAGUGGAAGAUUUGUGCAAGCAGUGGCUGACAUCCCACAGUUUGUAAACCUUUGUAAACUCCUCGUCAAUUAAUUAAUUUCUCGUAGAUACGUUUCCUUGUUUUCAUAUAUUCAUACCGGCAUUUCUUAUUUACGUUUCUGAAAUGUAGAACCGAUAAAAGCUUUGUUAGAUGAGAGUUCACAUGAGUUAUUGUCGCUGUAUAGAUAUUCUUCUUUUCCAUAUCCAUCGACCAAAGUUGUUGAGAAAGAAAAUUGCAGUACCAUGCUCAUUUCAAAAUAGAUGAGUGAUCAUUUGUAGCUUACCAGUCUCAUAUACUCAGAUCUUCCAAUGAGAUGAGGACUUUGGUCGUUAGAUUCCUGAUUUUUUAAUGGUGAAACGGGCCUCAGGUUCUGCUGUGAUUGAGCAAUUCAGCUGUGUUGGUUUAUUCAAUGUCAUAUCUUUUUUCAUAAAGCAUUACGUACUUGACAUUUAGUA